CAAAUGGCAUGAACAUUACAUAACCAAAGAUGACACUAAUUUGGAUAGGGAUGUUAAUUGUUAUGUUUGUGCAACUUCUUUCUCUUGUGUGGAUUUUUGGGUUUCAUCUCUGUUAAUAAUGUUCUGAUUGCUUUGAUAGCCACUCAAUGCUGCACAUCUUAUGGCUAUCUGAACAGGGGAAAAGGCUGAUUUCUCCAUGCACUUAAACAGACAUGAAAAGCUUCCAUUUGAGCCACAGGGGUUUAAAAAUCUGAUUGUCCUGCUGCUGUGUAAUGUAGGCAGAAAUAGCUCCCGAGUCCCGACUAUAGAAAGGCCGGCCUUGUUCUGGUGCAUGCUGUGCUAGUGUUCAGUGCUACAAGCUGCACUUGUGUGAACUGUGUGUGUUUUUGCUGCAUGUGGUCAGUAGUCAGUGGGUCAGUAAACAGUCCACUUUCCUUUUAUCAGCCUUUACUAACUCUACUACUCAUCUUUCUUGUAAUGCUGCCACACCCAGAGAGAGGACACCUCACAGCAGGUUUUCUGGACUCUGAGCCACUGAGGGAGGCUGAUGAAGAUUUGGUGUCAGAAGUCAACCUCACCAACUCCAUCAUGACGGAGGAGGAGAGAGAGGAGAUCCAGCAAGAGCUUGCUAAACUGGAAGACGAGAUCAGUACACUGAGACAGGUUUUGUCAUCCAAAGAGAAGCAACACGCAGAACUCAAACAGAAACUAGGCAUCACUCCUCUGACUGAGUUCAAGAACAACAUCAGCAGAGGAUGGCAGGACAUGCAGAGCUCUACGGCGUACAAGAAGACAUCAGAGACAUUGACCACAGCGGGACAGAAAACCACGGCAGCCUUCAGCACCCUCGGAAGCACCAUCACCAGGAAGUUUGGAGAUAUGAGGUCCAACUCCAUAGGAAACUCUCCAAGCUUCAAGUCCUUUGAGGAGAAAGUUGAGAACACAGUGACCAAUAUCAAGACUAAGGUUGGGACUUCCGGGAGCGGAGGAAGCUUUGAGGACGUCCUCUCCUCCGCAGCAAACGCUAGCUCUCAGGAAACACCCACAAACAACUUGAUGGACACAACUGAGAGACCAUGUUAGAGCUGCAACCACACCUCGAGGCAGGACUCAAAAACAGGGACUUUCAGACGCAGCACACGUCUACUCUGAAUGAAAUAUUACAGAUUAGUUUGACUAGAUGUCAGGUCUUAGGAUGAUUUUGUAAACAAUUCCCAUAUAUAUGAAAUAAAGUAAGCAAGCCCCAAAUUCUUCCACUUGAUAGAAAAUCAACAUUGUAUCAAAUUGUCAUUUAACUUAACUAAAAUCACAUCCACCAUUGAUUUCCACAAGUACUGUAUAAUGUUCAAGCACUUGCAAGAUCACAGGUGGUUGAUUUGUCUUGUUGAAGGGCUCUAGUUUUAACCAAUGAGACAUCAGCAAAGACAAAUAGUCACCUGCCCUCUAGUGGCCUCCAAACCACAUUACACCACCGAUGUUGAUCAGAAGAAGUUGAGAAGAGAGCAGCACAAGCCUUAGUUAAAAAUCAGCUCCAUGAGGGAGAAAGAACCAAAACUCUAUGUUUCUGUCUUUUCAUCUAUCUAAUACUUCAUUCACUUCAGUUUGACGUUGCGUUGUUUGGCUCAUGUAAUGUUUCUGUCAACACGAGCAGACAACAGAAACAAAAAAAGAGUUCAUUAAUUCCUUCUUUAUGCUAUGUAAAUUCAGUCUAAGAGGAAACAGAUGGAGUGGAUAUAAUGGAUUUGGCAGAUUUUUAACACUUAACACGCAGGACAGUGUUCACUUUUAUACCAAAACGAUACAAACCUACAUUUUUAGGUAAUAUUAGAAAUAUGUAUUUGAUCUAAAAAUAUAUAUUUUAUGUUUUUCAACUAACACUUAAUGGUGUAUGAAGUAAAAAUGUGCGUGUAUAUUACCCAUGUUGAUAUGAUCAAACCAGACGUCCAUGUAAACUUGUAUACAUUUUACACUAAGAUAAAAAGAUCUUUCUCUGACAACUUUAUCAAAGCAUCUAAAAAGAUCUUUUCUAACUUCUCAAAUGCAGCUGUCUGUAUGACUUAAAUAUGUCUGUUUUUGUUAAUAUACCCUUAUACACACGCUCUGCUGCUGACAGAUGCUGGAUCAUACUUGGCACUUAACUCUUGGAUCAAACCAUGUGUAUAUUUCAUCCGUGUGUUCAUAAUAUAGGACAGCUUAGUUUAUAGGAAGAAUUGAAACACUGUAUAUGUGCCAUGUGCAGUGAAACAUGGGCAAACACUGCAUUUUUGUUUUUGUGUUUAAUGCUGGAGUGCAUUUUAGGUUUUCUCGUGACUGCCAAGAAAGACAGAAUCAGAUUAAUCACUUUGGACAAUUAAGUCUGCAGCUGUACACUGUUUUCUGUAAACAUCUUCAUUCCAGCACAUGUUAGACUGGUGUUUUUAUUUAGAAAACUGUUGUUUUUAACCGUAAUUCAGGAAGGGUUGGUAUACUGUAGCUGUGUUUUCAACUCUGACACAUUGACACAGGAGAAAAUGAUCAGAUUUGAACCUAACUGCCAGAUGAUGUAAAAGACUGUUUUACCUGCUGAGUCACAGGGUACAAUAUCUGAUGCCUUUUGCUAUGUAACUGAUAUACAGUAUAUAACAUUAAUAUAACAGUAUCAUACUGUAGCUGCAGCACUGCCGUAAUCCAAUAUUUGACUGUAAUGCAACCCUGAAAUCCAAUACAUGUUCUUACUUACUUGUGCUGUAGCUACACAGGCUCAGAGAUGAUUUCUAACUCUUCCUAGUAAUGUUACGAAAAGGUCAGUGCCGCAAAAGAUUAAAAUGAUUAUGUAAAAACAUCCUUCUUCAUUUUUCAUCCACGUCCUUUCUGGCCGCUGCAUAACUUUGCCAUCAAAGUCACUCUCUGCUUUCAAUAUAAUGUCUAAUCUGUUUUCUGUUUCAUUUUUCUCACACUGUCUUUCAUGUUUUAAAUAUUUUUGUCUUUGCUGUGGGUUGAGAAGAUGCCCAGAUUAUUUCAUGUUUAAUUCAGUCCGUCUAUGAAAUGUAUUUAUUUAAAUUCAUGUCAACUUUCAAGUACUGCAACAUGUCUUUUGAAUCAAGAAUUGGUUUGUCAGGUCUCAACUAACUGAGCUUAUGAAUGUGUUCAUUCAUUGGAAAAUUCAGUACUGGGCAGAAUAUAUUUUACAUUUGUAUGUUCUCUUAAAAAACACCUUUUAACAAAAGCUUUUAUUAAAACUCUAAAAUAUAACAUUCAAGUAAAACAACCUUGUGUUUAACUUAUUCAUCUGUAUUCGUACAAUUAAUCAAACAGCAUUAUAAAUACGUGUUUUCAUGGCUGAUGUAUCAAUAUUAAAGAUUGUUUAAACCAAAGCAAAUUUCACAAGUGACUAUUUUUACAGUAUGAUGAAAACUGACUGAACCUAAAAAAAAAAAAAACAGCAACAAAAACACAUAGGCAUAUAGUAAUACAUGUAACAAUGGGCAAUUGAAAUGAUAUGCAAUAAUUUUACAGUAGUGAAAAUAUCAUCUGUUAACUAAUUUCUUAUUGGCCAGGAACAUUGUGAAUCCCCAGCUGUGGUGAUGUAACCAGGCUAAAAACUGUAUAUUGCAUAUAACUUGUUUUGAAUACUGUGCCGAAAGACUGCAUUAGAAAAUGUAUUAACACUGUUUUGGAAGUGGAGUGAUGCUGCUGCAGCCGAAUCUGGUGGUGUAGAAGCAUCACAAUGUAAUAACUGACUGAUGACUUACUGUUUGUUGCUCUCAAUGUUAGAUAAUGAUGUUUAAUCGAUUAAAAAUAAGACUAAUGCACAAUAAUUGCUGGUUAAUGUGAUCACGUCAGAAUAUACCUGAAAAAACAUGUUUUUUAAAUUUUCAAUCCAUGUAUAGAGACUUUUAAUUACAGUUUGACAUGUUAAUGCAUUUGCACAUUAUCUGGCAGUUUUUGUAUUAUUGGUUGUUAAAAUGUAUUGAUUAUACAUACUGUGCUUUCAGGACAGUAUUGAUUAGACUACA